GGUCUAAUACCGUCACCUCGAGGUGCUCACAGCGCAGUGAUGCGGUCUGGUAUAAUGAUUGUCUGGGGUGGUUAUUCAGGAACCACUCUGUCAGAUGCAGAUGCUCAUUUUUAUGACUUUAAAGCUAACGCAUGGGUUGACUCAAAGACAGCAUCUACAGUUCUCGCCUCAAAUAACUCAACGUCCAAUCGUCCAUCAUUGGGAAUUAUUAUUGGCGUUGUUAUUGCUGGCGUCAUAGUAAUAAUAGGUAUAAUAAGUUUCUUUAUUAUGCGCAAAUGCAGAUCAAGAAAAGUUCUAGAUGACUGUGAAGUCCAAAAUGACCCUUACAUUCGUCCCGGUGGUCAGCUUGGUAGCAAUCUUGAUCUUCCAACUAAUGACGAAGAUAAGAAGACUCAAACAAAGGAUAUGUCAACUUUUGAACCGAUAACUUUAGAAUCAAUACCACCACCUUCAACACCACUAAAUAAAUUGCAAUCACAAGGUGAAAAAGAGCCUAAGCAAUCUAAUCCUGGUUCGAUGGUUUCGACCGAUCUACAAUUUUCCCCAAAUAUGCCGCUUUCAAAAAAGCAAAUUAAGCACAUGUCCACAGAAUCACAGCGAAUAAAGCGAACUCACAAACGUACAUCGUCAGUUUCAUUAUCCCGAGCCGAUUUGGAAAUCAUUCGACCCCGUUCAUUUGUCUAUCACAAAUCGUCGCUGUCUGCAAGUAGUAUCAACAGUUCUACCAAUCGUUCAUCCUGUGCAUUCGAUUCAAUACCUAGUGGGAACAGUGAAUCCACUUCCAUCACUUCAUUGGACUCGCCUACCUCUGACAAGAGUAAUAGAUGCGAUUCGAGAGCGACGUCUAGAUCUGUAACAUCGAUGCAAUGGGUCGGAUUCAAUAGUAAGAUGAUUGAUGAACGAGAUAAAGAGAGAUACUCGCUCCAUGUAAGAAACGCCUCCUAUCGUAAGAGUACGAUUUCAGAAGAUGAUGGAUAUGUAAUUCGCGGUGAUUACAUUAAUACCGCGGCUAAUUUCGCUGACAGACGUUCCUACAGUGGAGAUUUCAUGAAUUAUGAGGACGUCACUCCUACGUAUGACCCCCAGAAGAGGAGAAGCGCACUUCGAAGUUCACCUGGAAGAAGCUGCAUAAGCGUUAUUCCUGAAAAGGAAGAUUUUACUGAGGACGUAAGAACCCGAGGUGUUGUUGAUGGUAUCAUUAGCUCUGGAAAUGAUACACGAGAGGACAGUAUCGUCGACAAGCACGCGAAUCAAACGCAUUAUCCAUCGCAAAAUUUAGAUGAUUCGAGUGAAUCACCCGUGUGUAAUGAAGACGACGAGGUAGGCUCAAGAAAAUCGAAAAGGUCAUCCAAGAGAAUUAGUAGGGUUUCCUUUGCACUCAAGGAUGAAAAGAUCGAGUUUGACGAAACCGAAUCAUCAAAAAGCGUAUCCUUUGCUCGUGUUUCUGGACGGACAUCAAGCCAGGGUAGUGAAUCCAGUAGUGGGACACCAUCAAUAAUUGAAGAAGAAGAGGAUGGUGGAUUUCCGAACUCAGUAACACCUAAAGCUAGCGACUUGAAUCUUGAAAGCCUUCGUCUUUAUAAAAGUGAGGAUGAGUUCGAUUCAAUCGAUACUCGCUUCUCCUUGAGUAUGUUCGAUAUAGGCAAGGACCAAUCAAAAACACAUGAUACUGCAUCCAAAGUCCCUGCACCGCCAGUAGAACGAGUUGAAUCACAGGAAGUUCGUCAUAGCAUCAAAGAACUUAUGAUAGACCAAGGAGUUUUAUGGGCCUUACAGGAUGUAGAAUAA